GCGGGGUCUCGCGCGCGCUGUGGCGGCAGCGGCUGGAGGGGGCCCGCGGUGGCAGGACCGGGGGCGGCCGCUGCAGCCCGGAGCCCCCGAUGGUGCGCGGCGGCGGCCAGGCCGCAGGAGGAGCCCGAGGCCCCGGCCUCCCCGGCUGACCGCGCGGACCCGAGCGGCCCGGAGCCGCCGCCAUCCGUCCGGCCCCGGUGGGGCGCGGGCUGGCCCGCCAUGGGGUCCCUAUUCCGGAGCGAGACCAUGUGCCUGGCGCAGCUGUUCCUGCAGUCCGGCACGGCCUACGAGUGCCUCAGCGCCCUGGGCGAGAAGGGCCUGGUCCAGUUCCGAGACCUCAACCAGAAUGUAAGUUCCUUCCAAAGAAAAUUUGUCGGUGAGGUGAAGAGGUGUGAAGAACUAGAACGGAUAUUAGCGUAUUUGGUGCAGGAAAUUAAUAGAGCCGACAUCCCCCUUCCUGAGGGAGAGACCAGUCCUCCUGCACCACCUCUUAAGCAAGUCCUGGAGAUGCAGGAGCAGCUGCAGAAACUGGAGGUUGAGCUGAGAGAAGUCACCAAGAACAAGGAGAAGCUGAGGAAAAACUUGCUGGAGCUGAUCGAGUACACUCACAUGCUCAGGGUGACAAAAACCUUCGUUAAACGGAAUGUGGAGUUUGAGCCCACUUAUGAAGAAUUCCCUCCCUUAGAGAAUGAUUCCUUGUUGGACUACAGCUGUAUGCAGAGGCUGGGAGCGAAGCUGGGAUUUGUAUCCGGCCUAAUUAACCAAGGAAAGGUAGAAGCAUUUGAGAAAAUGCUGUGGAGGGUCUGCAAAGGGUACACCAUUGUGACCUAUGCGGAGCUGGAUGAGCCCCUCGAGGACCCUGAAACGGGAGAAGUUAUAAAAUGGUAUGUGUUUUUAAUAUCCUUUUGGGGAGAGCAGAUUGGCCACAAAGUUAAGAAGAUAUGUGAUUGUUACCACUGUCACGUUUACCCCUACCCGAACACCGCCGAGGAGCGGAAGGAGAUCCAGGAAGGACUGAACACCCGGAUUCAGGAUCUUUACACGGUGCUUCACAAAACCGAGGACUAUUUAAGGCAAGUGCUGUGUAAAGCCGCCGAAUCCGUCUACAGCCACGUCAUCCAGGUGAAGAAGAUGAAGGCCAUUUACCACAUGCUGAACAUGUGCAGCUUCGACGUGACCAACAAGUGCCUCAUCGCCGAGGUCUGGUGUCCCGAGGCCGACCUGCACGACCUGCGCCGGGCGCUCGAGGACGGCUCGAGAGAGAGCGGUGCUACGAUCCCCUCGUUCAUGAACACGAUCCCAACCAAAGAAACACCCCCGACUCUCAUCCGCACCAACAAGUUCACCGAGGGGUUUCAGAACAUCGUGGACGCCUACGGAGUUGGGAGCUACAGAGAGGUGAACCCAGCUGUCUUCACCAUCGUCACGUUCCCCUUCCUGUUCGCCGUGAUGUUCGGAGACUUCGGACACGGCUUCGUGAUGUUCUUAUUUGCCCUCUUGCUGGUGUUGAACGAAAACCAUCCCAGACUAAAGCAGUCACAGGAGAUCAUGCGCAUGUUUUUCAACGGCCGCUACAUCCUGCUGCUGAUGGGGCUGUUCUCGGUGUACACGGGCCUCAUCUACAACGACUGCUUCUCCAAGUCGGUCAACCUGUUCGGCUCCGGCUGGAACGUGUCCGCCAUGUACAGCUCCAGCCACGCCCCGGCGGAGCGCAGGAGGAUGGUGCUCUGGAAUGACUCCGUCGUCAGGCGCAGCAGGGUUUUGCAGUUGGACCCGAGUGUUCCUGGAGUGUUCCAAGGCCCUUACCCUCUUGGCAUCGAUCCCAUUUGGAACUUGGCCACAAACCGUCUCACUUUUCUAAACUCUUUCAAAAUGAAAAUGUCUGUGAUUUUAGGAAUUAUUCACAUGACUUUUGGAGUCAUUCUGGGAAUAUUUAACCACUUGCAUUUCCGGAAGAAGUUCAAUAUUUAUUUGGUUUCCGUCCCGGAACUUCUCUUCAUGCUCUGCAUCUUCGGGUACCUCAUCUUCAUGAUCGUCUAUAAGUGGCUGGUGUACUCGGCCGAAACCUCCAGAGUUGCCCCGAGCAUUCUGAUCGAAUUUAUCAACAUGUUUUUGUUCCCGGCUAGUGAAACAAACGGCCUGUACGCAGGGCAGGAGCACGUGCAGAGACUGCUGCUGGCCGUCACCGCGCUGUCUGUCCCCGUCCUCUUCCUAGGAAAACCGCUCUUCUUGUUGUGGUUGCACAACGGGCGCAGCUGCUUCGGAGUGAGCAGGAGUGGUUACACGCUUAUAAGAAAAGACAGUGAGGAAGAGGUUUCUCUGCUGGGAAGCCAAGACAUAGAAGAAGGAAAUAACCAGAUGGAAGAUGGAUGCAGAGAAAUGACAUGCGAAGAGUUUAAUUUUGGAGAAAUAUUAAUGACCCAAGUGAUUCAUUCCAUCGAGUACUGCCUGGGAUGCAUCUCCAACACCGCUUCCUACCUGAGGCUCUGGGCUCUCAGUUUGGCUCACGCACAGUUGUCCGACGUCCUGUGGACCAUGCUGGUGCGUGUGGGCCUCCGAGUGGACACCACGUACGGAGUCCUGCUGCUGCUGCCGGUCAUCGCACUCUUCGCAGUUUUGACAAUUUUCAUCCUUUUGAUCAUGGAAGGCCUUUCUGCAUUUCUUCACGCCAUACGCCUCCACUGGGUAGAAUUUCAGAACAAGUUCUACGUUGGUGCAGGCACCAAAUUUGUUCCUUUCUCAUUCAGACUGCUUUCGUCGAAAUUCAGUGACGACGUGGCAUGAUCACGUUGCUGUACCUAACGAGCUGUCAGAUUUAUGGAGAAUUAUCAUGUUACAGAAUUUCACUUACGUCAGAUUUAUGAUAGGAAAAAUUCCGUCUUCAUUGAUUGCCUUAUGAUAUAGCCAAAUAACUCUGUAAGAUAUACCUCUUCCUCUGUUAAAUAUUUUGUAAAGUUUAUCAACUUCAGAUCUCUAAAUUUCUUUCAGUUUUUACAAUGAGCAAAUAUAAGUGAAGGCCCAAAGUUACGUUUAAGUUAUUUUUAAAAAUACAGGCUUGGGGGAGAGAAGCAGUUUUGAACGGCUCAUUGAAAAUGGUCUUCGAUACUCAAUUCCUUUUUACCCUAUUAAAAAACAAAAAGUCAUUCUGUCGCUUGACGUUGUCAGAUAAUAUUUUCCAACAGCUGAGGUUAAGUAUAGUUUUUUAAAAAAUUUAAUGACGGAUAAUCAAAAGAUUCACGUUCUGCCUGAUUACAAGUAUGUAAACAUUUUUUUACUGUAUGCUGUCUAGGCCUGCAAGUAGGGGGCUGUUUCUACAAUUUUGUCUUGUUUUGAUAAUUGGGGAAAAUGGGAUAAAAUAACGAACAACAGAUGGUUAUCCCACUUGUAUAUUUUUAAAAAUAUUCUAAUCCUGUUAUCCUUAUGUAAAGCCAAUUAUGAGAAUUGUAUGUUUGAAAGAUAAAACUGUAUCCUGAGCCUUAAAACCCAGCGUGACUGUAGAAGAUACAAUGUGGAUGUGAUUUGAACUUCAAGACCAGUUUAGCUGAUGUUACUGAACCAAAAGGGGUUUAUAUUGAGUGAAGGGCAGAGCAAAAAGUAGUGUUUUGUAUAUUUUUAUAACAAAAUAUAAAUUAAGAUAUUUUACCAUGAAGAGAUUGCACCUCUCCUUGAGAACAGUAUGAUUAUAAUUUUUUACUUUCAGACUAAUUCUAAAUAAAGGUCUGAUAAAGGAAUUUAGAGUUAAUUUAAACUUUCAAACACUGUUCAGAUCAAUUGAAAAUUAAUUCUUAAUUAUCUGUAGUUUAAAUUCAUCUGUUCACGUGACAUUCGGUUUUGAAUGAAUGUGGGUCAGUCGUACUGAACAUUUUAACCUGUCCAGACAGUCCCUGACUUAACAAUCGUUCGAUUCAGUGAAUUUUGAUUGAGUGAUGGUGCAAAAGCCAUACACAUUCUUGUAAUUUCGAAUCUAGACCUUGUCGCGGGCUCCCGAUCCGCGGUCCUGUGCUCUCUUGUGAUGCGGGGUCGCGGUCACUGCUCCUUGUCAGCCCUGCGAUCACGAGGGUCCCAGACGCCCCCGAACCCUCACGGCUGAGCCGUCUGUUGCUGUCAGCGCCGGGAGUCAAGAAAUGACACGAGGGAGUCGACACUUCCUUAUAGAACAGGCUUCGUGGUGGGUGAUUUUGUCCAGCGGGAGGCUCGUGUUGUGCCCUGCGCACGCGGAAGGUGGGCCGGAGGUUGGCUGUGCUAGAUGCGUUUUCAACUUAGCAGAUUUUCAACUUACGCUGAGACCCCAUUGUAAGUCAAGGAAGAUUUAUAUUCUUGUAAAUUAUGUUCAUUUUUCGUAUUUUACUGUAGUUGAUUUUAGAUAAUUAUUUUCAUAAAGAAAUCUGCGGCGUUCUCACUUCCUUAACGUUCUGAGGAAGGCGCACGAGAAGGCCGAUUUGUCCCCGCACUGCUUCACCUGGCUGGUGGCAGAGGUUGGAAUUUACAUCACAAGCUGAGCUUCUGGGAGCCUGGAGUCGAAGCGUAUCUUCUCAGGGAACGUCAAGACCGGUUUGCUGAGAGGCAGGGACUGAGCACGCUGACCUGGGACUCCGCCAUGAAACCUUUCUAAGUGUAGUAAACGCGCCGGGCUGCUUCUAAGUGAGCCGGUUUGGAGGGGCUGCGUUUUGUCCCUCCUGUUACAGUGUCAGACCUAAAACGGUGCUGAUGAGGCUCUAGGAAUUGAUUCUGCCCUCAGAGUUCAGUUUCCCUGGCAAGGGGUAAUGUUGGUUGCACACUUCUUUGGAGGGGACACAAAAUCUCAGUAACGCUGCUCAGGUCGCAGACUUGUCCCUACCAGCUGGCAUCUUGAUUACUGCUUACUCCAAGGAACUGUGGUAAGAAAAUGGUAACUAAUUCAUCCCUGGGAAACCCCCGAUUUCAGGGCACCAUUAACUGAUUCGUAAACAAGGGACAUGCGGCGUCUGCUGGAAUCUUUUAGGGCCCCCUCUGGUAACUUGUUACGGGCCAGUUGGUCAUUCUUAAGGAACAGCUCUUAUCAGGAUAUAGAACAGAGAGGGCAGAGUCAUUUCUUAAAUUGAAACCUAUGUAGUAGUUACGUAAGCUACCUUAUUCUAUGAAAAAAAAAAAAAAAACAAACAA